AUGGACAGAAGGCGGCACCGGCCUGCACAGGCAUAUGAGAGACACACAGGCAAACUCAAGCUGGCAUUUUCCUCCUCUCCUAGAUUUUUUGCCAUAGUUAUCCACAAGUUCCUGAUGAUGAUGAUUAAAGAUUGUGGAGGUCAAAAGCUGCUCCUUAAGCGGUUUGAAAAUGGUCACUUCAAGAUCAGCACUGGUCCCUGCUGCUGCUGCUGCCUUUGCCUCCCUCGCGUGCGCAUCACUAGGCGAAGCCUCUUUUGGCUGAAGCUGGGCACUCUUCAGUUUGCUUUCCUUCGACCUGUGCUCAUGUUUUUGUCAAUAGUGCUUUGGACUAAUGGCAAUUACACCCUUUACAAUUUAUCAACCAAAGGAGCUGCAAUAUGGAUUAGCUGUGUGGUUGGUGUCCUUACCAUUAUUGCUCUGUGGCCAGUUGCAAUCAUGUUUCAGCAAGUUAGGACUCUCCUUAUCUGUAAGAAGAUCAUCCCAAAGUUUGCUCUUUAUCAGUUUAUUCUCAUUCUAAACCACCUGCAGGCAUCCAUCAUCAACAUCUUGGCCACACGAAGAAUCAUUCCCUGCGCUCCACCACUCUCCUCUUCAGCAAGAGGAGCAUAUAUGACCCAGCAGCUCCUCGUAAUGGAAAUGUUUCUGAUAACCCUCAUCUCAAGGGUGGUCUAUCGGAGAAAAUACAAUGACCUAGAGCCUCCAGAGUGUAAGGCUGAAGAAGCUGGGGACAACAAGCAGACUACAAAGAUUAUCCUGAAUGGCACAGCUAGUGAAGAUGGAUUGCCAAGGGUUUAG